AUGGCUCAAUCCACCAAGUGCUAUCUCCCACGGUUCGCUUCCACGGUUGACGGGCCUAAACGCCCGGUUUCAAUGAAGACGAGACCGACGCCUGCUCAGCAUGCGCAGUUAUUAACCGCAUGGAACGAAGGCCGUUUGGACCCAAUCCUACGAGCGACUUGGGCUCUCUUGUUGCAUUACUACAUCCGCUCCGAGGAUAUAUGCUUCGGUUACCAACAUCUCGAGGGCGAAUCCCGCUCCUCUGAGCCAUCUGUACAGCGUUUUACGGGCGUCAACAUUUCGACGAUCCGCAUAUCCAUCAACGAAAAUGACUCUCUCACAGCAAUUGUAGAUAAAAUGCGGGCAAAUAGUGUGAAUCACCAGCUCAAUGGAAGCUCGGACACUUCUCAGGCAUAUCUGCCUUUCAACACCAUCUUCAUGCUGCGCACAUACGGCCCGCCUGCUUCUUCAAAACCUAUCCUGACGACAGCUCUUCCAGAUGAGUGUCAAGUCCGUCUUCAUGUGAAGGUCCUGCGUGGAGACAUCAGCAUCUUCCUUGAAUGGCGCAAGGGUGACAUGUCUGGGGAACAUAUGAAGGGCGUCGCAAACAUUUUCGAGCAAUUGCUUGCCAAAGUCCUUUCUGCUGAGAACACCGCUAUUAGCCAGCUUAAUUUGUUCUCAGAGAACGACUGGCAACGCAUCCGCAAGUGGAACAUCACUGUUCCGAAGCUUCACGAUCGUUGCAUUCACGAAGCCAUUCACGAUCAGAUGUUGGCCGGACCUGAUCGUGAGGCUGUGUGUGCUUGGGAUGGAAGUUUGACCUUCGCUGAGUUGGACCACCAAGCAUCGAAGCUUGCAUGCUAUCUUCGCAUGCAGGGAGUCGGGCCAGAAAUACGCGUGGCUUUGUGUUUCGAUAAAUCUAAAUGGAACAUCGUUGCAAUGCUUGGCGUGAUGAAAGCCGGGGGAGCCUUCGUCCCAUUGGACCCGACUCACCCAACCUCCCGACUACAAUCUCUAAUCCAAUCGGUUCAGGCACCGAUUGUGUUGUGCUCCCAGCAUCUUGCCGAAAAAUUACGCCCUAUCGUGAAGACUUUAAUACCCCUCUGUGAUAGUACUUUGGAUCCUCUGUCUGACCCCGCGGACAGUGUCAAUCUUGCAUCGGGUGUGACAAGUCAGAAUGCGGCAUAUGUUCUAUUUACAUCGGGAUCAACAGGAGAACCUAAGGGAACCCUGCUGGAACACCGCGCGUUUCUUUCCGGGGCUAUGGCGCAUGGUCCCGGUCUGCAUAUUGACCGCGAGUCGCGAUGCCUCCAAUUUGCCGCCCACACAUUCGACGCCAGCUUGGCUGAAUCGUUGACGCCACUCAUACAUGGUGCAUGUGUGUGUAUUCCUAGCGAAGAGGCUCGCCUGAACGAUAUUGUGACCACAAUCAACGAGAUGCGAGUCACGCAAGCCUGCUUCACGCCAUCAUUCGUCGGCUUUAUUGAAAUUGAGAGUGUCCCAGGACUGGAGAGUUUGGUCCUGGCCGGGGAGGCAAUGUCGCAAUCGCAGCUAGCCACUUGGUCCAAAAUCAAACUGGUCAAUGGUUACGGACCUACCGAGGCCAGUGUGGCCUCCGUGCUCAAUUCUAAUGUCACACCUGACACCGAUUGUAAAGAUAUCGGACUGCCUAUUGGUGUGAGAACUUGGAUUGUGAACCCUGAUAAUCACGAUGAACUGGUUCCCGUGGGCUGCCCUGGAGAAUUACUUUUGGAAGGUCCACCCCUGGCCCGGUGCUACGUGAAUAAUCCCCAAAAGACAAACGAAUCGUUCAUCUUCGACCCUGCUUGGACUACAUUGGACCCUGAAAACCGCCAGAAUCGUAGAUUUUACAAGACAGGUGAUCUGGUCAGGUACAACUCCGACACGGGUGCCCUGAAUUACAUCGGUCGGAAAGAUACGCAGGUCAAGGUUCACGGACAACGAAUCGAGCUCGGCGAGAUCGAGAACCAGCUCAGCAAAGAUUUGAACGUCACUCAUUGUUCUGUGCUCUUCCCCAAGAUUGGAUUUUCCAAGGGAAGGCUAGCGGCAAUUGUUUCUUCCACCGGAUUGCUUGCAGAACAGUCCGAUUCGGACUUGGAGCCUCUACGACUCAUCUCCGCCUCGAAAAAGGCUGAGCUUGUGCCAGGCAUCCGAGAGCGCCUGUCGGCUCGUCUCCCCACUUACAUGGUCCCUGCGGUUUGGUUGUGUGUUGAAGCUCUGCCACUUCUGCCAUCAGGGAAACUAGACCGCAAGGGCAUUUCCAUUUGGGUCGCAAAUAUGGAAAGUGAUCCAGAUCUUCAGAACAAUGCCUCUGUUGCAAUCGCUGGCACAGAGGCCACGCAGCCUGCCAAUGACAGAGAAGAAGCUUUAGCUGCUGUAUAUAGCCGUGUGCUCAACAUCCCCCUGAACCAGCUCAAUUUGAACGAGAGCUUCCUCGCCCUGGGCGGAGAUUCGAUUGCAGCUAUGACAUGUAUCGGUCUCUGCAAGAAGCGAGGGUUUUCCCUUUCUGUACAGGAGCUGCUGCGCAGCAAAUCAAUCCGGGAGCUUGCAACUCGCGCAAAGACAAUUGAUCACCUCACGACUUACGAAGAAGCUAUUGAUGAACCAUUUAGCCUGUCGCCAAUUCAGAUCCUUCACUUUGGUGUACGCAAGGAAGGCCAGGGUCACUUCAACCAAGGAAUCCUCACCCGCUUGAACAAACCCCUGGAUGAACGAGGCCUCCGCAGCGCCGUCAAAAUCUUGGUAUCUCGGCACUCCAUGCUCCGCGCGCGAUUUACCGACACUGGAUUCGGGACUGCAUCAAGUCAACAUAUCACUCGCGAUAUAAAAGGGUCCUACAGAUGGCGGAUGCAUACUGUUAGAAGCAUGGACGAGGUCAAGUCUCAUGUUGCCGACAGCCAAUCUUCAAUCAACUGCUUCUCUGGGCCGUUGCUUGCGGUCGAUUAUUUCCUGGUGAAGGGCCAGCCUAAUGUCUUGUCAAUGACAGCUCACCACUUGGUUGUUGACAUUGUCUCGUGGAGAAUUAUUCUGGAAGAUUUGGAAGAUAUUAUCUUAAACCCUGAGAAGACGACAGCAAGUGAUGGCUCCUUGCCUUUCCAGACUUGGUGCCGCCUUCAGAAUGAGCACUGUGACACCCUCCGGGCCGAACAAAAAGUUGCAACCGAUGCUCUCGCUGCGCCCGAUUUUGAGUACUGGGGCCUCAAAGAUACUCAGACCACAUAUGGUGAUGUGGAUUGUGCCUCGUUUGAGCUUGACCCAGCCCACACGAAUGCCAUUCUUCUGGAAUGUCACAAAGCUCUUAGCACCGAGCCAAUUGACCUCUUUUUAGCAGCAAUGCUCCACUCAUUUGGCCGAGCCUUUCCCGAUCGUUCUCUUCCAACGAUCUACAAUGAAGGCCAUGGACGAGAAGUCUGGGACCCGUCCAUUGAUAUUUCGCAUACGGUCGGCUGGUUCACCAUUCUGCACCCAAUAUUCGUCUCCGCAUACAAGUUAGACAAUCCUAUCGAUACCCUCAUCCAAGUGAAGGAUCUUCGCCGCCGUGUCUCGGACAAUGGUCGCGCAGAUUUUACCAGUCGCGUUCUACCAGCCCAGGGCAAUCAAGGAUCCGCGCACCCGCAUCCCUUUGAGAUGUCAUUCAACUAUGUUGGUCAGCAUCGAGAUCUACAAAGGAAGGAUGGUCUCUUCCAGCUUGUUGAUCAGAUGGCCGGAGAAGCUGGCCAAGGAGGCGGUGCGGCUGACUUUGGAACCGAUACUCCCCGCUUCGGUCUGUUCGAGAUCUCUGCAAUGGUGGUAGCUGGAAAGGUUAGGUUCAAUUUCUCCUUCAACAAAUUCAUGCAGCACCAGAAUCGUAUUCACCGAUGGGUUUCUGAAUGCCAAGGGCUGCUUGUAUCUCUCGCUGAGCAGCUUCCUACCCUCGCACCGCGUUUGACUCUGAGCUCAUUCCCCAUGCUGUCAUUGACCUACGCUUCCCUGGACAAGUUGCUCAAUGAGAAGCUCCCUGCCAUGGGAAUCGAGUCCUCAGACCUUGUCGAGGAUAUCUACCCUUGCUCUCGUAUGCAGCAGGGUAUCCUCCUUGGUCGUAAGAGAGAUAGCUCCUACUAUGCUGUCCAUGACACUUUUGAAAUUCAGGCCACGGGGUCUAGCAAGCCAAACCUUGAUCGUUUGAUUAAUGCAUGGCAGUCGCUAGUUUCUCAUCAUGCGAUGUUCCGCACGAUAUUUGUUGAGAAUCUCACUCCUAGGGACCCCUUCUGCCAGGUCGUUCUCAAGACUUAUGAUGCUACUCCUAUCACCUUGCAGUCUCCAUCUGACCGCGAUGUGCUUGCCACCUUUGACAAGCAAGAACCCAAGGACUACAGCAAGCUUGAACCAGCGUAUCGCUUCACUAUUUGCCAGACACCGACCGGCAGACUGUUCGCCCGUAUUGAGCUCAGUCACGCGGCGAUGGACGGUAACUCGAUCUCAAUCAUUUUCCGUGACCUACAGCUCGCAUACGCUGGCAGACUCGAGGAAAUCCCCCAGCCUCUGUUCAAGGAUUAUAUGCAGUACCUGGAGAAUUCGCCGAAGGAAGCCAGCAUUCGUUACUGGCGUUCGUACUUGGAUCAAGCUAAGCCGUGCCACUUCCCAGCCCUCACUGACGGCCAACAAUCCCCCAAGGAGCUUCGAUCCAUUCCGGUCAACUUUGAAGCCCUCAACGAACUCCAAAGUGUUUGUGAGAACCGAGGAAUCACUCUAGCAAAUGUCUUCAACGCCGCGUGGGGGCUCACCCUCCGCGCCUUUUGUGGAUCCGACGAUGUGUCUUUCAGCUAUAUGGCAUCUUUGCGUGACGUAUCGGCUGAUGGAGUCCAAUGGGUUAUCGGACCGGUCAUCAACCUUCUAAUUUGCCGCAUGAGGAUUGCUGAUCAUGCGACACUUAGUGAUGUGCUGCAUCAAAUCCAGAACGACUACAUGGAAAGCCUUCCUUAUCGUCACACUUCGCUCAUUGACAUUCAGCAUGCUUUGAAGCUGUCCGACACUAAUCUGUUCAAUUCUGGUGUCUCCUAUCGUCGGCUUCCCAGUUCCAAGGAUGCUGUCCGCAGUGACAUCGAGUGCGUCGAGGUUGGUUCAAUCCACGAUCCAGCUGAGUUCCCUGUUUUUAUCAACAUCGAGGCCAUGGAUACUACUGCUCGAAUUGACCUCAAUUACUGGACGACAAACAUCUCUGAUUCACAGGCUGUUAACGUGGCUAAUACGUAUUUGCGUUGCCUCGAGAACAUUGUGUCAAACAUCGACGGUGAAAUCCGCCAGCUAGACAGCUUAAGCGAUGAUAACCGGGCGCAGAUCAUGGCGUGGAAUAGCAAGUCCCCCAAGCCAUUUGAGAAGUGCGCUCAUCGUGUUGUCCAAGAGAUGGCCAAGAAGCGCCCCGAUGCGUUGGCUGUCACUGCUUGGGAUGGAAGCUUGACUUACUCCAAGUUGGAUCAGCUCUCCUCUCGCUUGGCAAGCUAUCUUGUUACCUUCGGUGUUGGUCCUGGAACCCUUGUCCCGAUCUGCUUCGAGAAGUCUGUGUGGAACAUGGUGUCCACACUCGCAAUCAUGAAAGCAGGUGGUGGCUGUAUUCCAGUCGACACACCUCAGAGCGUAGCUCUGGUUGAGAAAUGGAUUGUUGAUAAUGCCGUGCAAGUUGCCCUGGCCUCCCCAGAGAAGACUCAGUCCCUCGAGGAUGCCGUACCAUACGUCAUCCCUGUCAGCGAGUCUCUUUUGGAGUACCUCGCAGACGAGACUCUCAACCCACUGGCACAACCAUCCGACAUUGCAUACGUCGCGAUGACUGCCGGUACCUCCGGCGCCGCGAAAAGUGUUGUCCUUGACCAUUCAACUCUUAUGACCCGAGCCGAGGCAUUCGCUACCACUAUGGCAAUUGCCGAAGUCUCCAGGACUCUGCAGUUCGCACCUCACACAUCCGAUGCAUUUAUCCUCGAGGCAUUUGGCACUUUCAUGUGGGGCGGUUGUCUUUGUAUCCCGGCUGAUAUAGACCCUGUCAACUUGGCAACCUCUAUCGCUUCGCUGCAUGUCAAUGUUGCUAGCAUCACCCCGACAGCCGCAAGCUUCUUCUCCCCCAAGGAUGUCCCGGGAUUACGAUCAAUUGCCCUUGGAGGUGAGGUAGUUUCUCAGAGCGUUCUCGACCACUGGCAGACCGACGAUCUCCAACUGCAGGUUCUGUAUGGGACAUCCGAGAGCUCAGCUGCUUGCUUCCACGUGUUCUGUUCUCAGGAUGGAAACAAGGCUGCCCUCAUUGGGAAGAGCACAACUUGUGUCCCAUGGGUUGUUGAUCCCUCCAACCACGAUUGUCUUGUUCCGAUCGGCAGUGUUGGAGAAUUGGCACUCGAGGGGCCUGUUAUUGCUCGGGGCUACCUCGACAACGAGUCCUUAGAGAGCCGCAAAUUUUUCGAUAAAGCUUCCUGGCUUUCUGACCAACCAGAGGGGCAUAAGCGCUGCCUAUUCAAGACUGGAGAUCUCGUUCGAUACAACUCCGAUGGCUCCCUCGUUUUUAUCGGCCGGAAGAAUGAUGAGAAUGCAUCCACCUGGGCCAGCGAGCUGAUUCAGACUCAGGCGUGGGUUGAUUCCUUCUUAGGUAACGAGAAGAAGUGUGUUGUGGAGAGCAUCCAGGUGAAACAUAACAAUAUGGAGACCAGUGCUCUUGUUGCUUUCGUGGUUUCUUCGGACACCAACCCAGUCACCUUUGAGGAUCGGGUGCUCCAACCCGCCACUCCCGAGUUGAAGAAAGCUAUCUCUAGCCUGCACGCUAGUUCGAGUACCGGUCUUCCUAGUAGCAAGGUUCCGAGUUUCUACAUCCCCAUCACCUCCCUCCCCUUAACAAUUUCCGGAAAGCUAAACCGCCAGGCCCUUAUAACCGAAACAAAAGCGCUUUCGAGCAGUGCCCUCGAAACGUAUGAUAUUAAGCGUUGGAACGGAUCCAAGGCUGGUAACCGAAUCUCAAGGCACACCAGCCUCUCCGAAGCGAACGUCGCUUUCUGGAGGGAAUAUCUCACCGACGUUGAGCCCUGCAUUUUCCCGGCGCUCUCUCAUGAGGGAGCCGACAAUGGCUGCUCCACCCGCACUCUCAACAAGCAGACAGCCAACAUCCAUGCUUUCGGCAGAUUGUCUGGCAUCCCGGUGGAAACGCUCUUCCAGUUUGCUUGGGCUGUUGUCCUCCGGUGGUACACUGGCUCAGACGAUGUGUGCUUUGGGUAUUUAACCUCGGCCUCGGACACGAAAUUGGAGCCCGAAGGUAUUGCCACACGCCGCUUCCUCGUGCAGAACGAGCAAAAGCUGCAAGAAACUCUCCAUAAAUCAAAGAAGGACUCCGAGAACAGUGCAUUGAAUUUUGCUGCCUUGGACGCAGUCAAACACCAGCUUGGACUCGAUGAUACAAUACUUUUCAAUACCUCGCUCAGUUAUUAUACGGCUUCCAACCUCCCCAAAGGAAGCACCCGUGAACCAACAAGCUCUAGUCCUUACAAGAUUUUGGUUGAAGCUGAAGUCUCGCAUUCAUACGCCGAGGUCCAUUUCCACUACUCCUCCGAAACCCUCUCCUCCUUCCAGGUCAAUCAUGUCAUGGAUAUGUUCGAUCAUGUUUUGGACGAUCUGGUAGCUCACAAUCUCCAUGAUCGCACAGUUGGCGACAUUGACAUAUUCCCCCAACGCUCAGUUCACCAAAUCCGCGAUUGGAAUGCCACAUCCCCCCCUAGAGUGGAGAAGUGUGCUGAUGAGCUCAUUCAGCAGCAGGCGCUGCUUCACCCUCGUGCAGAAGCCAUUUGCUCUUGGGACAACAAUUUCACUUAUGGGCAGCUCGAGAUUAUCUCCAGUCGCCUAGCUCGCCAUCUGUCUGGUAUUGGAAUCAAGCCUGAAGUCUUCGUCGUUUUGUGCUUCGAGAAGUCAGCUUGGGCUGUAGUUUCCCAGUUGGCUGUUCUCAAGGCGGGUGGAGCUUUCGUCUCCAUUGACCCAUCCCACCCCGAUUCUCGACUGAAGAUGCUCAUCGAUGAAAUCGGCCCGAAGAUUGUCUUGUGCUCAUCUUCACUCCAUUCCAAAGUUUCGCAACUCUGCGCAAAAUCGUUCGCUGUUUGUCAGACUUCCAUCUCUCAAAUUACUGACUCGCCUUUGGCUUUGCCCGGUGUUCGUCCUACCCCGAACAAUGCUGCAUAUGCUAUCUUUACUUCUGGUACUACUGGAAAGCCGAAGGCGACUGUUGUCGAGCAUACUGGUCUCAGCACCACUGCAAUCGCCAUGAUUGAUGCCCUGCACAUGAACUCGGCAACACGUGCUUUGCAGUUCUCUAACUACACAUUUGACGUCAGUAUUCUCGAGAUUAUGAUGGUUCUCAUGACUGGUGGCUGCGUCUGUAUCCCCAGCGAGGAGGAACGUAUGAACAACAUGGGUGGUGCUAUCCGCCGUAUGGAAGCCACCUCCAUCACAGCACCUCCCGCAAUUGUCAAUACUCUAGAACCGAAGAAUGUUCCCACCCUCAAGGUAAUUAUUACGGGCGGCGAGAAGAUGCCCGCCAACCACAUCGACCGCUGGGCAGACCGGUGCGUCAUAAAUGCCUAUGGUCCCUCCGAGGCCACUGUCAUUGCCACCAUUGGUGUCAAGGUUGAUUGGGAUGGCAAUCGUGUCAACGACGAUCCCACAUCCAUUGGAACAGCUCCAAACUGCAGAGUCUGGAUUGCUGAUCCAAGCAACUCCGACCGUCUGCUGCCCAUUGGCGCUGUCGGCGAAUUGAUCAUUGAAGGAAGCAAUAUUGCCCGUGGAUACCUUGCGAACGAGCAAAAGACGAAGGACUCUUUCUUCGAGAAUCCUGCUUGGAACCAUCACCCAAGCUUGCAGGGCGUGUUCAAGCGGAAUGAUCGCAUGUACCGUACUGGUGACCUUGUUCGCUACAACAGCGAUGGCAGUCUGGCCUUCAUAUCCCGCAAAGACACCCAGAUCAAGUUCAAUGGCCAGCGGAUUGAGCUCGAGGAGAUCGAACAACAAUGUCUCCGCUGCCUACCCGAGGACUAUCGGGUCGCUGUCGAUGUCGUUGUGCCUGAGGAACGCACCAUCGCCAAGGGCCUCGCUGCAUUCUUCACCGUCCAUGACCCAAAUUCCGAUGGGGGCAGCAGUGAUCAAUUCGCCCCCACCAUCCCAGGAGCCGAUCCACUGCUCCUACCCAUCUCUAUUUCUAAUAUGGAUGCUAUUCAAAAGUUGAAGGGCUCUCUCCCUGAGCUUCUGCCUCAAAGCAUGAUGCCCAGACUCUUUUUCCCUAUCCGUAACUUACCCUUCACUUCCUCCGGGAAGAUUGACCGCCGAAGACUGCGGGCCAUGGUUCAGAGCUUGUCCAAGGAGACUCUCAAGUCCUACAUUACCUUCGAAACCUCGGACAGAAAGGAGGCUUCCUCAGCUACUGACCUAGAGACCAAGCUUGUGACCCUGGUGGAAAAGACCCUCGAGCUCGAAGCCGGCUCUGUGACCGCUGAUGAUAGCUUCUUCGGUCUUGGUGGUGAUUCAUUGUCUGCCAUGAACCUCGUCGGCGCUGCUCAGGCAGAAGGCAUCGCACUUACCGUCUCGAGUAUCUUCAACUCCCCAAUCUUGAUCGACAUGGCCAAGAGCUGCGUCGUGUCUGAUGGAGCCCCUGAAGUCAAUAAAGAAAAUGUGGAGGCGUUCUCCCUGCUGCCCUCUGGAGUUGAUCUCGAAAGCCUGAUAGAUGAAGUAACCGACGACUGCGAAGUGUCCAAGGACCUUGUCGAGGAUAUCUAUCCCUGCAGCGCUGUGCAGGAAGGUCUCCUGACCCUCUCGAUUAAGCACCAUGGUGCUUAUGUUGCUCAGCCCUCGUUCCGACUUGCUGCUGGCAUUGAUGUCGCUAAAUUCAAGCAAGCGUGGCAAGAAACCGUAGAAGACUUGGAAAUUCUCCGCACUCGCAUCGUCCACACCGAAGCUAUGAAUUUUGCUCAAGUUGUGGUGAAGGCUUCCCCAAUCUCCUGGGUCGAAGUAGAGUCGUUCGAUUCCCUGCCCAAUGAUACCCUUCACCUACCCAAGCAAAAUGGAGCACCCCUGACUAGUUAUGCAAUUGUGCAGCCUCACGGGUCCUCUUCUAGCUAUUUUGUGUGGUCCGUUCAUCACGCCCUUUAUGAUGGCUGGAGUAUUCCUUUGGUAUUCCGCAAGGUUGAAGAGAACUACUUUGCUUCGCAGAACAAGCGCGCUGGAACCCCUUACAGCCUGUUCAUCGACUACCUGGUCAAGAAGGAUAUGGAUCAGUCUGACGCUUUCUGGAAGUCUUAUCUCACUGACCUAGCGAGUACUCCUUUCCCGCAUAACAAGAAUACGGUACCCGAUGCCAUGCGUGCUGGCAACACCCAGCAUCACAGUAUGAAGAUUUCCCGCACUCAAGACAGCGUCGACUUCACAAUCGCCGUCCUCAUGCGCGCUGCAUGGGCAAUUGUCAUUGCGACUCACACUGCCUCUGGUGAUGUAUGUUUCGGCGAGACUUUGUCGGGCAGAAAUAUCGAUCUUCCCGGUGUUGCAGAUAUUGCAGGUCCUGUUCUUACCACUGUCCCCACCCGAGUUCGGGUUGACAAUGCCAUGUCGACCAUGGAGUACUUGCAGAAGAUCCACCAGUCGACCACUGAGAUGAUCCCACACUUGCACUCUGGUCUUCAACGUAUUCGACAGCUGAACAAGGAUACCUCUACUGGCUGCGACUUCAAGAACUUGCUUGUAAUCCAGCCAGGUGAUGGCGAGCUCGAUAACAAGAUCUGGAUUGACGAGAAACGUGGAACGAGCGAAGACUUCUUCACUCACCCCCUCGUCGUGGAAUGUGGUGUCACCAAGACGAGCAUCACUUUCACUGUUCACCACGAUGAACUUGUCAUCAAUGGAUGGCAGACCAAGCGCAUUACCGAGCAAUUUGCACAUGUUCUCCAGCAGUUGAUAACUAUGCCUAAGAACAGUACGAGCAAGGUCGGAGAUAUGGAGGUGAUCAGCCCAGAAGACAAAGCUGAAAUCGGUUUAUGGAACCAACGCACUCCGCUCACAGUGGAACGGACCGUUCAAGAUUUCAUUCGUGAGAAGUGCGAACAAACUCCGAACGCCCAGGCUGUGUGUGCCUGGGACGGUGACCUUACCUACAGAGAAUUCUGGAAACUCGCAUCGGACUUCGCCAACUACUUGGUCUCCCGCGGAGUUGGGCCAGAAGUAUUCGUUCCAGUCUGUCUGGACAAGUCGGCUUGGGCUAUGGUCACCCUCAUCAGUGUUCUCAUCGCCGGUGGUGGGUAUGUACCUUUGGAUCCCUCACACCCUACCUCCCGACAUGAGGAGAUUCUGGCAGACGUCGGUGCCAACAUGAUAUUGUGCACUCCCAACUAUACAAACCGCUACAGCCGAGUUGUGAAGACUGUGAUCCCUAUCAGCAAAGAGACCAUCAAGGCCUAUGGCUGCCUCAAGUCAUCUGCUCGUCGCCGCACCGAAGUCAAACCCUCCAACAUGGCCUAUGCUCUAUUCACAUCCGGCAGCACUGGUCGAGCCAAGGGAAUCAUUGUUGAGCACCGCAACGUGGUCAGCAGUAUCAUGGCAUUCGCACCGUGGGUCCGUAUGGAUGAAACAUCGCGCGUAUUCCAAUUCGCCUCCCUCACUUUUGAUGCUGCUGUUAUGGAGACCCUCGCAAUUCUCAUGGUGGGAGGUACAAUCUGUGUGCCCAGCGAGGACGACCGUCUAAACGAUGUUGCUGGCGCAAUCCGUCGGCUCAAUGUUACUUGGACUUUCCUCACCCCCUCGAUUGCAAGCAUCAUUGAGCCCACCUCUGUGCCUUCUCUGAAGCACCUUGUUUGUGGUGGAGAGAAGAUGUCGAAUGAAGUCAUCACCAAGUGGGCCAAUUCCGUUCACCUCAUGAACGGGUACGGACCAACCGAAACCUGUGUCUUUGCUGUGGUCGAUACUGCAGUGGCCACCAAUCGUGAUCCCGGGCGUAUUGGUUACGGCAUUCCCAGCACUCUGACCUGGAUUGUUGACCCCGACAACCACGAUCAGCUGACUCCCCUGGGCGCAGUCGGCGAGCUUGCACUUGAAGGUGCUCCUUUGGCCCGGGAAUACCUUAAGAACCCUGAGAAAAAUGCUGAAGCAUUCACAACGGACCCUGCCUGGAUAAAGGACUUCACGCCUGCGGUCCCGGGUCCCCGUCGAAUCUACAAGACUGGCGAUCUUUGCUACUACAACCCGGAUGGUUCUAUUCAGUACAUCAGUCGCAAGGAUCACCAGGUCAAGCUGCAUGGCCAGCGAAUGGAGCUUGGUGAGAUUGAGCACCGCCUUUCUGAGGAUACUCGUACCCGGCACGCUGUCGUGGUGCUCCCCAAGAAUGGCCCGCUCAAGCAGCGCCUGGUCACUGUAAUGUCUUUGAACAGUGUCGCAGCCGAUACCAAGCUAAUUUCCGACAAGCCUUGCGAGCUUGUUGAUGAGGAAGAGCUUGAGCGUCAUGCUUACAAUGAGCUUGUCGAAGUCCAGAAGAAUCUUGAGAACCAACUUCCCAUUUAUAUGGUCCCCCAGACUUGGGCUCUCAUCAAGAAACUUCCCAUGCUCGUUUCUGGAAAGCUAGACCGGAAGAAGAUCACCGCUUGGGUUGAAGAUAUUGAUGAUCUAUCCUAUGAGCGUAUCAUGGCGGACUAUGAUCGCAUCAAGCGUGGUAAGACCGAAGAGAAGCCGCAAGAAAAGGAAGAGAAGAACGGAUCGCUCACCAUUGUCCGCGAAAUCUUUGCGCAAGUGUUGAAUAUCCCCCAGCAGAAGGUCAAUGUCGACCGCUCUUUUGUCAGCUUGGGCGGCGACAGCAUUACUGGAAUGGCUGUCAUUUCUCGCGCUCGCAAGCAGGGACUUGUUCUAACACUACACGACAUUUUGCAGAGCAGAUCGGUGAAGGAACUUGCCCAGACUGCCAGUUCUAAGGCACCUGUCUCUCAGCGCGAAGAGAAGUCUGGUCAAGGCUUUGCGCUUUCGCCUGUCCAGAGACUCUACUUCCAGAGCUCCCAGUCCUUCAAGGGCGCCGCUCGCUUCAACCAGAGCAUCACUGUUCGCAUCGCCCGCCGCUGCGAGGGCGAGGUCCUCAAGCGCGCCCUCAAAGCCGUUAUCAGCCAGCAUGCCAUGUUCCGCGCACGCUUCAGCAAAACUAGCGACGGCGCUUGGCAACAAAAAACCACAGCGGAGGUCGAUGAAUCAUUCCGAUUCCGCGUUCAUUCUGUCUAUGAUACCCGGGCGAUGAUUCCAAAGGUUGCUGAGAGUCAAACUUGUCUGGAUCCUCUGGAUGGACCUAUUCUGGCAGCCGACCUGUUCAAUCUUCGCACCGGUGGUCAGGUCUUAUUCCUAGUAGCUCACCAUCUCUGCAUUGACAUGGUAUCGUGGCGAAUUGUGCUUCAAGACCUCGAAGAGCUCGUUGUUUCUGGAUCUCUUUCACUCGAAAAGGCAUUGUCCUUCCAAAGCUGGUGUGCUAUGCAGACCGAAAGAACCAAGACGCAUGAUGCGACUAUUACUCUGCCUUUCAUCCCCGAGAAGCCGGACUUGCUGUACUGGGGCAUGCAAGACUCGCCCAAUGUGUAUAGAGAUAUCAAGAUGGAGUCCUUCACGUUGAGUGAAGGUACUACCAAGUUUAUCCUUGAAGGCUGUCACAAUGUCUUCCGAACUGACACCGUUGACAUCUUGCUGUCUGCCAUUAUUCAUUCCUUCGGUCGCACCUUCACUGAUCGGAAGGUGCCGACUAUUUACAACGAAGGACAUGGUAGAGAACCUUGGGAAGCCGAUAUUGAUCUUUCCAGAACAGUCGGCUGGUUUACUACCAUGGCACCUUUGCUAGUGGAUUCGGAGGCUCGUAAGUUUUCCAAGCCUUCACAUCUUGCCGAAAGAAAACUAACGCAAGAAGGUGCCCUCAACGACAUUAUAAAGCGCGUCAAGGAUACCAGACGCAAGAUCGCAGACAAUGGACGUCCAUACUUUGCCAAAAGCCUACUCCAGAAUCAGGCUGCUGAUUUCCCUGUUCCGUUGGAAAUCCUUUUCAACUAUCUAGGUAAAAUGCAGCAACUCGAGCGAGACGAUUCGCUAUUCCAUCACUAUGGUAGCGUGUUUGACAGCUCAGACUUCGCUGUCGCAGGUGACAUGGGCCCUCAAACCGCUCGUUUCGCCCUCUUCGAAGUAUCUGCCAUUGUCAUCAAAGACUGCCUCAAUGUUGCCUUCACCUACAACCACAAAAUGCAGCAUGAGGGUUCAAUCCGCCGCUGGAUUCUCCAGUGCAAGCAGACUCUCGAGAAGGAUAUCCUCACACUGAAAACCGCUACCCCCGAGCCCACCCUCAGUGACUACCCUCUUCUCCCAAUCAACUAUCAUGGUCUCCAGAUCCUCACCAGUAAUACAUUCCGCAAAGCUGGUAUUCGAAAUAAGGAGGAUGUCGAGGACAUAUAUCCCUGCUCUCCGAUGCAGGAGGGUCUCUUGCUCAGCCAGCUCCGCGAUCCCAAUGCUUAUAUGUUCCAUACAGUUUUUGAGAUCAAGGAUGGCCAGUCUAGAAAGGUGGAUGCCGAAGGAGUUGCUCGCGCCUGGCAAACUCUCGUCGACCGUCAUCCUGUGCUGCGAACCAUUUUCAUCGACAGCAACUACACUGGAGGAUCCUUCGAUCAACUGGUGCUCAAGAAUCUUUCUGGUAAUAUCCUCCGCGUGGAAUGUCGCGACUCACAGGUCGAGGAGAAGCUAGCUGCUAUCUCUCUUCGGGACCUGAACGCGAUGCGUCAAUCGAAGCUUUCUCACCAGAUGACUGUCUGCAAAACAAACACCGGACGUGUGAUAUUGAAACUGGAGAUCAACCAUGCCAUUAUCGAUGGUGGCUCGGUAGAUGUACUCCUUCGCGACCUGACUCUCGCCUACGAGCGAAAGAUUUCUGAGGGUUCAGGACCACGCUUCAGCGACUACAUCAAGUUUAUCAGAACCCAGAGCCAGAGUGAUGCGCUCAGCCACUGGAAGCAAUACCUGGGUGGAGUUCACCCAUGUCACCUCGCUCCAUCGGCUGUGUUCGGAGCAAAGAGAGAACUAAAGGGUGUAAUGAUGAACUUCCAGCGGUUCCCUGAACUGCUCAGGUUCUGCGAGCGCAGCUCUGUCACUCUCGCCAACCUGACCCUGUCCGCCUGGGCCAUCGUCCUGCGACAAUUUACUGGAUCCGAUGAUGUUUGCUUUGGAUAUCUUUCUGCCGGUCGCGAUGCCCCUGUCAAUGGCAUUCAGGAUAUGGUCGGAAUCUUUAUUAACAUGCUUUGCUGUCGGGUCCAGUUCUCCGACCAGCAGACUUUGAAGGUCGUGUCCAAGAAUGUUCAAGAUGAUUAUAUUCGAUGCAUUCCCCAUCAAAGCUGCUCUCUGGCCAGCAUCCAGCAUGAGCUUGGUUGGCAGGGACAGUCCCUCUUCAACACUACCUUGUCAAUCCAGAACCACUCCGUUGCGGGCGGCACCGAGGACAAGGGAUUGUCCUUCAAUCUUCAGCACGCACAUGAUCCGAGCGAGUAUGCGGUCACUGUGAACGUUGAGAUUGCCCGAGGUCAGGAGGGUGUUCUUUUGAGAUAUUGGAAUGACAUUGUGUCCGAUGAUGAGGCACAGGCUUUGGCUGACACUAUUGCCAAAGUGUUUACUGGCUUUAUUGAAUCCCCGAGUGCGACUCUGUCACAGUCCACAUUCAUCGCUGAGGCAGAACCCGAGUCGGUCGAUUGGGACAACUCCCAAACCACACUAGCUGAAAAGGCAAAGUCCACCGGCGAUGCGAUUGAUAGCGCUGCUAUUCAGAAAAUUAUUGAUGAUCGUGUUCAUGAGAUUAUCGGCCGGAUGUUGAGAGAAGGCAAACUGACGGUACCUCCCAUCCGUACGGAAGGGCUGUCAAGCUUUGGCGGUCAUAUCGAUGCCAUAGCUGAAUCACCGUACCAGUUAGGUAUACAAGGAGGAGGUAAUUUGGAUAUCCGUUCAGAGACUUCCCUUUCGAGUGAGGAUGGGGUGUCGACCGAGGUGGAAAGGAAAUUGUGGAAUCUUUGGAGCACAGCUCUUGGGCUCUCACCAAACGCAGUGAGACACCAGGACAGCUUCUUCAAGUUGGGUGGUGACAGCAUCACCGCUAUGAAGAUGGUCAGUGCCGCUCGCGAAGAGGGCCUGGUACUUACUGUUGCAGAUGUCUUCAACAAUCCUGUCUUUGAAGACAUGCUGACUACUGUGCAAGCCGCGAAUGUCACUCAGCAGAUGCUGAACGUAGAUCUCAAGUCUGGCGGCCACAAGGAGGUUGAUAGUGAUUUACUCAAUAUCACGUCCACGACAUUGGGACUCAGCCCCUCUUCUGAGAGCCUCGAGAUCCUUAAACCAUCGUGCGUCGACGAUGCCGCAGUGCAGAGCGGUAUCUGUCCCAAAAUUGGAGUCUUCAAGGGUGGCAUCGCUGAUGUUCUUCCUGUCACUGACUUCCAAGCAAUGUCCCUGACGGCAACUCUCUUCAAGUCUCGAUGGAUGCUUAACUACUUCUAUCUUGAGGGUAAUGGUCCCCUGGACCUGAGACGCCUUCGCGAGAGUUGCUUGAAGGUUGUCGCUGCCUAUGAUAUUUUGCGCACAGUCUUUGUGUGCUUCCAUGACCAGUUCUUCCAGGUCGUGCUGCGCAAAAUCCGUCCCAGCAUCUUCGUUUACGAGACCGACCGAGCACUUGAUGAAUUCACUAUGACCCUUCAACAGAGAGAUCGCGAGUAUGGGCCACGCGAAGGCGAGCAAUACGUGCAGUUCUACGUUGUCAAGAAGAAGGGCAGCGACCAGCACCGCAUCUUAGUCCGCCUUUCUCACACCCAGUACGAUGGAGUGUGCCUACCCAAGAUUAUGGCUGCCAUUAAGCACGGAUAUGAAGGCACCCCGCUCCCCCCAGUAACUCCAUUCGCCGGCUACUUGCGACAGUUGCCAGGAACAAUCACCCCAGACCAUUACCGUCACUGGACCAAUCUUCUCAAGGGCUCUCGCAUGACCCAAGUCGUCCACAGAAAGGGCACUAGUAUGUUCCAGAACGUUGGAGCAUUCACCGAGAUUCACAGAAAAAUCGAGAUCUCACCCACUGCCCUUGGAAAUGUCACUAUUGCAACUGUCAUGCAAGCUGCCUGGGCUUUGGCCCUUGCCAAGAUAUCUGCUCAGUCCGAUGUUGUCUUUGGUCUAACCAUCAGUGGUCGCAACGCCACAGUGCCCGGUAUUGAGAGCACUGUUGGCCCCUGCGUCAAUGUCAUCCCGGUGCGCGUGAAGCUCAACGAGAACUGGACCGGUGUCGAUCUCUUCCGCUACCUCCAAGAUCAGCAGAUUUCCAACAUGCCUUUCGAGUCUCUUGGCUUCCGCGAGAUCAUCAAGCAAUGUACCGAGUGGCCCGACUGGACCUACUUUACUACCUCAGUCUUCCACCAGAACGUCGACUACGAGGGAACCAUGGAGCUGGACAACAACAAGUACCGCAUGGGUGGUGUUGGCGUCAAUGAUAACCUAGCCGAUCUAACUAUGGUCUCCCGUCCCUCCGGCGAACGUGACCUUGAUGUCACUCUGGGCUACUCCGAAAAGGGACCUGUGAUGCCAUACUUCGCAACCAAGGUUCUCGACAUGGCCUGUGAAAUUGCACAGUCCCUCGUUGCCAACCCAACCGCCUCGCUGCCCUCCGCGAGCAUGCUCCGCUCUCUGCCACCCCAGACAAUCGAUGACCUGCCCCGACCAACAGAUGAGCACUUCCUCAGCGCCCACCUCAAAUCGCGCUCCAUUGCAGAGCUUCUUGUGCACUCGGACAUUCUGUCUCGCUCGUGGCACCAGGUCCUGCCCAGCCGCACCACCACAGUCCGCGUCGACCCAGAAGCUGACAAGCCAGCCCACGAAUCCACCUUCCAGUUGGACUCGUCCUUCUAUGAUCUUGGCGGCGACGUCUUCAACCUGGCCCAACUCACCUGGAUUCUUGAACAAGAGGGUCUCAAGGUUCGUCUCGAGGAUCUUAUUGAACAUCCCUCUUUCCUGGGACAAAUGGCCGUUCUAGCUUUGCAUAACGCCAAGCACCAGGACGAUCUGCCAACAGAGCUUCUUGCUACCGGGGCUGCAGCGCCUAACUCUGUCUCCCGUGUUGAAAAGAAAAAGAGAUGGGAGAAGGCGAUGACCAUAGCGCGAAGACUGACUGGGCGAAACAACGUAAUCUCCAGUCGAGCUUGA